AGACUGGGCACUUCCUUUUGCUGAUCUUGAUUCACAGAACUUGGAGUCUGCCCUUACACACAAGUUCAGGGCCAUAUGCCCCUGUUUGCAAUGGAUGGACAAGUGGUAUAUGCUGACUUAAACCUAUCCAGGGGUUCUUGCCUUACAAGUUCAUCACCCCCAUCACUUCCUCAAGACAUCUGUCAAGGUUCAUCUUGGCAUCCGUUUGCUCUGAAACUUGGUUGUACUGCCAUUAUUGUUCUUACUUUGACUGUGAUUGGGUUGAGUGUUUCAGUGAUACUCUUAAGACGAAACUCAUCAAUAGAGGAAAGCCAAGUGGAUGUUCAAGAGAACAAGAAUGAAACAAAAGAGAAAUCAAACCUGUUAAAGUGCCCAGGAGACUGGCAUCUACUCCAAGAAAAAUGCUUGUUUCUUUCCCAUGCUCCCAACACUUGGAAUGACAGUCUGACUGAUUGUUCCACAAAAGAAUCCAGUUUGCUGCUUAUUCAAGAUCAGGAAGAAUUGAAACUCAUACAAAACUGGAUAAAUGAAAAGGGAAUGCUAUUUUGGAUUGGAUUAACAUUAUCAGAAAAGAAAUGGAAGUGGAUUAAUGGCUCAUUUUUAAAUUCAAAUGUAUUACAAAUUACUGGUUCUACUCAAGAAAGCAGCUGUGUUUUCAUCUCACAGACAGGAAUUGUUUCUGACUACUGUGACACAGAAAAUCGAUGGAUCUGCCAAAAAGAACUAAAACCUGUCAGAAAUAAAGUAUGUUCUGAGUCUUGACUAUACAUCCCCUCUCAAUUUCUUUACUCUCCAUUACAUGUCUCUGCAAUUUCAACUAUAUAGACAGCUAAACUGGCCUAGAUGUGUAUUUAGUAA